CGCAAUUUCGCACAAUUCACUCACCAAGAAAUACAUUGAGUUUUAAUAAUAAAAUCUUGCAUGCUUCUCGCGUGCUUGCCUCAAGGAGAGCACUCUUUCCGAUUGGUGUAGUAACUCUUUGAAAUUAUUAAUAGAUUUUAAGUUUUCUCUCCACUUUAAUAAUAAUUUUCACUUAAAAAAACAGAAUUCAUACAUAUCAAUAAAUGGAUUCUUCAAUUAGUAAUAUAAUCGAGGAUCAGGAAGAUAACAAUACUUUGUGUAUUAAAUAUGAGGAACUUCUUAUUUGGACUCCAAAAACCAAAGAUGAUGUCAAAUUAAAAAACUAAUCUCAUAUCGCUCGGAAAGAGCUGAGUUAGGUUGGUUCUUUGGCAACCACUAAGGAAUGGACCAAAACUUUAUUGCACACGAGCACAUUGAUUAGUAAAGAAGCAUAUGUCAGGUCACUGAACUCAAUGGAAGCUUUUUAUGAAAAAAAAGAAAAAGAAUCUGCUGAUAAUCAAACCAAGAGUCUUUCACCAGUAAAACAUUAAUUUGAAGAAAUAUCAGACUAUACUUUUAAAUUAUUGGGUGGUAUCAAGAAAGUUAGAUUUAGAUUAAAUUCAGAUUAUCAAGCAUGA